UCAUCAUUUCAUGUCCUCCACCCUCUCUCGCGCUCUCUUCUUCAGACACUGGAGCGAGCCGGGAGACAGCAGACAGGCGUCGUAAGCAAGCGAUGCUCCUUUGAAUAUAUUUAUUUACGAACGAUACAUAGUAACGUGAUAUAAUCAUAUAGUUUUCCGUGCGGUUGUCCACGCAACUGGCUCUCUGCGCGGUAAAAGAAUAGUUUACGUUUUUUUAAUCUUCGUAAUAUCGUUUUGGAUAUUGUGAUCUGGAUCCCGAAGUGGUUUUGAUGAAGACAUCUGGCGAUUUCUUGUAGGCUCGUCUCAAGCUCGUCGUCUCAGCGCAGAAUUCAGACGGAGUGUCUAUAUCGAGGUGGUUGGAUCAAAGCCAUGCUGUCUCUGGAUGAGCCCCUAGACCUGAAGAUUUCCUCAAGCCGUGAUAGGAUGGUCAGAACAUCCAUCUGUGCCCCGCUACACUUUGCUCGUGCUCGAAUAUCCCAAGCAUCACACAAGUCCAGCCCUGCUGAUAAGGACAUGUCAGACUCGUCAUCGUCCACUGUGGUGGAUCUCAGUCUGUCCACAUCCUUCUCUCCCUCACCCCCCUCUCCUGUAGACAGCGGGUCCAGCUGGAGCCCUACAACACCUCUACUAGCCACAGAAUCUGAAAGCACCUCUUGCAUCGAGGACUGCGUAUCUCCUCCUCCAGGUUUUCAAUUCUUCCUGCCGAUUGGUACAGAGGGUCCCUUGCGCCUGCCCUCAUCCAUGCUGAUUGGUCAUCACUCCCCUGAGCCCUCGGGUGACGAGCAGCUGGCCUGCCGCUGGCUAAAGUGCCAUCUGCUGUUCGAUAGCUUGCAGGAGUUGGUGGAUCAUGUGAACCAUUCGCAUGUGAAAUCAGAGAAGAACUCGGGAUUCUGCUGCCACUGGGAGGGCUGUGCCCGGAAGGGUAGAGGUUUUAAUGCCAGGUACAAGAUGCUGAUUCAUAUCCGCACUCACACCAAUGAGAAACCUCACCACUGCCCAACCUGCCACAAGAGCUUUUCACGCCUGGAGAAUCUCAAAAUACACACCCGUUCACAUACAGGAGAGAAGCCAUAUAUCUGCCCUUAUGAAGGCUGCAACAAACGCUACUCGAACUCCAGCGACCGCUUUAAACACACGCGCACACACUACGUGGACAAGCCCUACUGCUGCAAAAUGGUGGGCUGUCUGAAACGGUACACAGACCCCAGCUCCCUCCGCAAGCACAUCAAGGCUCACGGCCACGCUGUUGCCCAGGACCGGGCCACAUUGCCCAGGGUGGAAGGUUUGCUGAGAGGUAGUAGGUUGGAUCAGGUGGAUGGCCGAGGAAUAGACGUUCCUUACCCAGGUGGGGCUCAUUUUGUCCUUCCUGGGGUUGCGGCAUCGUUGCUUCGAGCUCAAGCCCUGCACAACAUCACCGGGCCCCUUGGGGGUCACCCCCUGGAUCUCUCCAUGCUCAGUCCUCUAUUAGGUGCAAGGCCUGUGCUUUACCCCAGCUCUGGCGCUCUUGGGAUCGGGAAGGUGCCGAUCCUUCACCCCUUGCUGCUACCUCCCCUGGGGCUUAGUGCUGGGCAGAGAGAAAGAGGGGUGGAGGAAGAAGAGGAUGUUGACGAUGAUGAUGAUGAGGGAAGGGUGGAAGCAGGGUUGGGUCGCCACUCAUGGGUUGUGAUCCCUCCAGGCAUGUUGUUCUUGAAACAGGUGGUGAGCACAUAAGGAUUCUGAGGUCUUGUUCCCAUUUGUAAUCCAAACCUGAUCUUUAGGAAGGAGAUGAAAUCAGAUCCAACCAGUGUAGGUAAUAUCGAAUACAUCUAUAUCAGUUGCCAUAACGAUUACUUUAAAGGAAUGGUUAAUAAUUUUCACAUCAUUUACUCACUCUUAUGUUGUCUCCUCAAACUAGUAUGACUUUUAAUGUUUUGCAGAACACAAACAAAGAUGUUUUGAAAGAAAUAUGAUGUCUGUUUGCCAUACAAUACAAAUCGGUAAAACCGAUAUAGCGAUCCACGUCUUAACACAAAUAUUACAUUCCUACAAACUUGAUACAUGUGUUUUAAACUAGAUUUUUAAAAGAUUUCUUGGUAAAACUUUACAAUAAGUGAAUAUUAACUAUAUUAGUUAACAUGAACUAACAAUUAAAUAUGAUAUUUUCAACCUAGUCUCAUAGAAUUAAUGUUACUAUUGCACUAUAGUUUUACAUGCCGCGUUCUACAUUUCACCACAGCUUCCUGGUGAAAUGAACACUAGAGGCGCUACAACAACUGUGCAUUUUAUUCACUUUCACACAAAUUAUGACCUUAUAAACACUUUUUUCUAAUUUUUUGCUUUGUUACUCACACACUGCCAUUUUAUGAUAUCAAAACCUUUUCACUUACAAUCUAUACCAGACACACCUACAUUUACACACAUUAAUUUGCACAGUAGCUCACCUGAUGGAGCGUUGGACUUUGAACUCGGAAGCCUGCCGCUGUUCAAGCUUGAAAGCUGAUAUGUGAGACUAAAGUGUCAUAGAAGCGAAAGAAAUUCCGUGGUUGCUUCAGAAAUUGUGACAAGAACACUAUCGGUUAAUUUUAGGCUAAGUUUUAGGUUAGGGAAGUGUGUUUCACUCAUUAAAACAUCCAUCUAAAAUUAUCCUUAAAAGCCUUGUCUGAUUACAAAAUAAUUUAACUCCCUUUUAGCGCCCCCCGCUGGAGGUUUCACCGAGAAACUGCAGCCAAACGUGUAAUACAGCAUGUAAUUUUCAUUUGCAAAAAUUGUGUCAUGGUCACGUAAAUUUCACUAGAUCAGGCUGUUUAUUUAAAAAAAUUUAUAUAAACAAAAAUUUAUAAAUGCUGUUAAAAAUAUUGUUAAUUGUUAGUUCGUGAUACCUAAUGCAUUUACAAACUAAUACAAUCUUAUUGUAAAUUGUUACAGAUUUCUUAUUAUUCUUAUGCAUAUAAAACAACAUAAGCUUCAUACUAUGUCCUGUGUCUGAACCCACUCGACAAAGCUGUAGACAGUACUGUGCAUUGUGUAUGACUUUACGAACAUGGCGCAUCCAGAAUGACCAAAAAACUAAACUAGUUUAAAAUCUAAUCUGUUCACACAAUUUUAAUUACAUUUCAAUCCACCUACAAAUGUGGUUUGAAUCAGGUUUGUAAACAUCUGAUUUUUAUUUUUGUUUUAUUUUUAGUCAAAUAUGCAAAAUAUCUGAUUUUUGCUGCUUGUCUGAACAAUGUGCUCAGAUACGUGAAUGAUUGACUAGCAUAUUUGCAUAGUACAAGGGUUGUAAAUGUUAGUUACUGAGGUGCUUCCUUUCAGCGGAAUGGUAUAAUUUGGGAGGGUAUGAAGAAGCAGUGUUUAAAUACACACUACAAUGUACUGCACUCAAUCGGUUAUAAAAUUCUGAUACUUAUUUUCACAGAUCCGACAGCACCAUGCCAACAAUUCAUGAGUCUUCUGUUUACAAUAUAAAGUUAAUCAUCAUUCUGGAUGUCAAGAUGUGCGUAGUGUGAUUUCUGACGAGAAAUGCUUAUUUGAUCCACUCCUCUUCCAAGGGAGGGCCUUUACAGUUGACAGAAUUCACCUUGAUUUGUCCAAAUAAAUCUGAGGGAGGCUAAUUGAUAGCUGCAUUGUUUAAAGAUUCCAUAAGCUGACUCAGAAAUUUGACCCCCAGUGACCAAACAAAGAGAACAGGAUAUGCUAUAUGAAAAGCAAAUGGAAAGGCAAAUGUAUACACAUUAUACCUUAUACACAGUGCACAUCUUUAUAUCUACACUAACAGCUAGCCAACAAAGCAGGGAGAGAACAGCGUGUGCUAAUGCUGGAAACUGGUUCUGAAACUCACAGAAGGGGAGACCAGGGGCAAUUGUAAAACACUAAAUGUCUUAAUCACAAAUAAGUGAUCAAACUUAUUCAGCAUAUGCUCAGUAACGUUCUCCAUCUGCCUGCUAAAAAGGAGUGUGAUCAUCUCACGUUCUGAGAUACUUUAAAGUAUUAAAGCUAUUUAAGUAUUAAAGCAAGGAUAUUAUUACUUUGAGGUGUGCUCUUAUUUAAGAUACAGUGGAUUAAUGCUGUAAACACCCUAAUAAGUUAGGAGAACUCAAAAAAUUUGAUUAAUAAGUUAUAAAUUAAUAAACUCUAAAGUUUAAGUUAAUAGAAUGUUCAGAUGUUGAUUUUGUACUACACAUUAAUCAACUUAAAAUAAUGAGUAAGAUAACUCAUCUAUUUUAAUGGUCCUUCACUUUAAAUUUAACUCUUUGGCUGAACUAAAAAUUAUUAUGUAAACUCAACUUAAAUAUUUCAAGUAGAGGGAAUCUAACUACACUGUAAACCCUAAUAAGUUAACAGAAUUUUUAAAAAUUGAGGCAAUCAAUUACAUCAACUCCUAUAAGAUUAAGUUAAUAGAACUUUCAGAUUUGUAUUUUGUACAACACAUGCAUGUUAAUUGCUCUUAGCUUAAAAUAUUAAGUAAGCUAACACUUUGAAUUGAACUCUUUAGCUGAACUAAAAUUACAAUUUAAGCUCAACUUAAAUACUUCAAGUAAAGGUAUUAUGAUACAGUCUUUGUCAAUAUAAAUCUAUUAAAUGUUUCUUAUAAAUAAAGAUGUAAAGUUGAUUUGUAGUAGUCUAUGAGUCAUUAAGGAUAAUGUGAAGCAUGUUACAAUUGCCCAUACUCUCCCCUAUGUCAGUACUAAAAAGUACAAUGAACUAUUAUAUAUAAAAAAAAAAUCAGAACAUUUGAUUUCUUAUAAUAUGACAGAUUUUUUUUUUUAAAUGUGCACCUUAAAAACCUGAUUGCUCUAAAGAAGUAAUCAUCAUCUUAUAUUCUCAUUUUUGGUCAUUUGUUAUUUCAGUGCAACUUGAUUUCUUAAUGUUUUGUUGUUUUGUUUGAAGACGAGACAUUAACUGUGUCAAACAUUUUGUGUAUAUGAUGACAUGAGUCAACUUGGACUCCACUAUUUGUUAUCCAUUAUAUAAUCCUUUAUGCAUGGCUGAUCUUUCUCACAUAAGAUUGAAUGAAUACAUGAAGAUUUACAGACAGCUUCUCUGAUAAGAGUGGCACAUUGAUAUCUGCCAUGCAUAAUUGAUAAAUGCUAAGACUAUGGCUUAUCGCGGCCAGCGCAAGUAUUUUAUCGAAGUAUAUUUGCACAGUUGGAUAUUUUAUCAAGCAUAUUUUAACCAGUACUAAGUGCCUUCUAUUGUAAGGUUGUCAUUGACGAAAUACAAUGUAUGAAAUACAUUUUGAAUGUAUAUUGUCAGUUUAUGUAUGUAUAUCAGAUUUAGUUCAUUCUGUUACAAUGUUAAUGUUACGAUUUUUUUUUACAAGUUGUACUGAUGUUGAGGCUAAUGGUUCAUAACGUUGGGCUAAUGCUAUUAAGUGUCUUACCAUACCACAGGACGCCUGUCUAAGUGACUGGGAGAAGUUUAUCAAUUAAAUAAGGACUAUAUUCAUAUGUCCAAUAAAGAGUGCAAUGUCAAA